CUCGGCCCCGCUGCCCCGCCGCAAUGAACCCCCCCGCGGCAGGCGGGGAGGAGACGGGGGCGGCGGGCGGCGGCGGCUGCCGGGGGGCCGAGGGUGGCGGGGAGGCGGCGGGCGCCGCCGGGAUCCCGGAGGAGCAGGGGCUGUCGGCGGCGGACGAGUCGCUGGAGGAGAAGCUGCGGAGCCUCACCUUCAGGAAGCAGGUGUCCUACAGGAAAGCGAUCUCCAGGUCAGGCCUCCAGCACUUGGCUCCUGUGCAUUCCCUCAACAUUCCAGUCACCAAUGGACCUGUGAAGGAACCAAGAGCGGCCUUAGAGUGGACUGAAAAUGCUGUGAAUGGAGAGCAUCUGUGGCUAGAGACAAAUGUUUCUGGGGACCUCUGCUACCUGGGGGAGGAGAGCUGCCAAGUCAAAUUCUCAAAGUCUGCCCUGCGGAGGAAAUGUGCCGCCUGCAAGAUCGUGGUCCACAACGCCUGCAUGGAGCAGCUAGAGAAGAUUAAUUUUCGCUGCAAACCAACUUUCCGAGAAGGAGGCUCCAGAUCUCCCAGAGAAAACUUUGUGCGGCAUCACUGGGUGCACCGGCGGAGGCAGGAGGGCAAAUGUAAGCAGUGUGGAAAGGGUUUUCAGCAGAAAUUCUCCUUCCAUAGUAAAGAGAUUGUGGCCAUCAGUUGUUCCUGGUGCAAGCUGGCGUUUCAUAACAAAGUCACCUGUUUCAUGCUACAUCACAUUGAGGAGCCAUGUUCCCUGGGGGCUCAUGCUGCUGUCAUUGUGCCCCCCACCUGGAUCAUUAAGGUGAAGAAACCUCAGGUGGUCUCCAUACCAGGAGACGAGCCUGAUUGGGCAGGAGACUGGAGCCCCGAAGGGGAAACGGGCGUCUCCUACCCCUUUUGGGAGGGUUGGCAGAACUCCUUAAAGACUUCAACACGGCGAAAGAAGAGAACGUCCUUUAAACGAAAAGCCAGCAAAAGAGGAAAUGAAGAUAACAAAGGGCGGCCUUUUGUUAUAAAACCUAUCUCCUCUCCACUCAUGAAGCCACUGCUGGUUUUUGUCAAUCCAAAAAGUGGAGGGAAUCAGGGCACCAAGGUUCUCCAAAUGUUUAUGUGGUAUUUGAAUCCACGCCAGGUCUUUGACCUCUCUCAGGAAGGGCCGAGAGAUGCGCUGGAGCUGUACAGAAAAGUGCCGAACCUGCGGAUCCUGGCAUGCGGUGGGGAUGGGACGGUGGGUUGGAUCCUGUCCAUCCUCGAUGAGCUGCAACUCAGCCCCCCACCUCCUGUGGCUGUCCUUCCACUUGGCACUGGGAAUGACCUUGCCCGCACCCUCAACUGGGGUGGGGGUUACACAGAUGAGCCAGUGUCUAAGAUCCUGUGCCAUGUAGAGGAUGGAACCAUUGUCCAGCUGGACCGUUGGAACCUCCAGGUUGAGCGCAACCCUGAUUUGCCCCAGGAUGAGCUGGAGGAUGGGGCACGUAAGCUUCCCCUCAACGUCUUCAAUAAUUACUUCAGUCUUGGAUUUGAUGCACAUGUUACACUGGAGUUCCAUGAAUCCAGAGAAGCAAAUCCAGAGAAAUUCAACAGCCGAUUUAGAAAUAAAAUGUUUUAUGCUGGGGCAGCCUUUACAGACUUUCUGCAAAGAAGCUCAAGAGAUUUAUCCAAGCAUGUUAAAGUUGUGUGUGAUGGUACAGACCUGACUCCAAAGAUCCAGGAGCUGAAGUUCCAGUGUAUAGUGUUUUUAAACAUACCCAGGUAUUGUGCUGGCACAAUGCCCUGGGGGAACCCUGGUGACCACAGAGACUUUGAGCCCCAGCGUCACGACGAUGGCUACAUCGAAGUCAUCGGGUUCACCAUGGCCUCGCUGGCUGCUCUCCAGGUGGGUGGUCACGGAGAGCGCUUGCACCAGUGCCGGGAGGUGACACUUUUGACAUACAAGUCCAUCCCCAUGCAAGUGGACGGCGAGCCCUGUCGGCUGGCUCCCUCCCUCAUCCGCAUCUCCUUAAGGAACCAAGCCAACAUGGUGCAGAAAAGCAAGAGGAGAACGUCCAUGCCUUUGCUGAAUGAUAUCCAUAAAGUGCAGUCUGCUGACCUGAGGAGAGUCUCGGCUCCCCCCGAUUCCUUCACUGUCCCUCAUUCCAUCCCAGAUCGCCUGAGGAUCCGAGUGAACAGGAUUAAUUUACAAGAAUACGAGGGGCUGCAUUACGACAAGGAAAAGCUCCGGGAAGCUUCCAUUCCCCUAGGAAUCAUAGUUGUACGAGGAGAUUGUGACUUGGAGACUUGUCGUAUGUACAUUGACCGUCUGCAAGAGGACCUACAGUCAGUAACCUCUGCUACCCAGAGAGUUCAUUACCAGGACCAGGAAAGCUCUUUCCCCAGAGUACUUUCUGUUCAGAGGCUCUCUCCUAGAUGGUGCUUCCUAGAUGCAACUUCUGCUGAUCGUUUUUACCGCAUUGACAGAUCUCAGGAACAUUUGCACUUUGUGACGGAAAUUUCGCAGGACGAGAUUUUUAUUCUGGACCCAGAGAUGGUAAUGUCUCAGCAGGUGGGGACGCCACCAGGAAUGCCUGACCUGGUAGUGGAGCAGGCAACUGGAAUAUCGGAGCGGUGGAACCCUGUGGUUCGGAAGAGGAUGCUGAGUGACAGCGGCUUAGGAAAGAUUUCUCCCCACUACGAGGUACCUGACAAACAAAAGGACGCCAGCCAGACACAUAUGCUGCAGUCACCGGUUUCUUCAGAAGAUCAAGCACUUUUACAAGCAGUCAUAUCUGGUGAUCUACUGAAGUUCAUAGAAUGUUGUAAAAAAGGAGCCAAUUUGUUAAUCCAAGGACCUGAUCACUGCUCCUUGUUGCACCAUGCUGCCAAGACUGGGAACGGCGAGAUUGUGAAAUACAUUCUGGAGCAUGGUCCAUCUGAAUUGCUGGACAUGACAGACAGUGAAACGGGUGAGACAGCAUUACAUAAGGCAGCCUGCCAGCGCCACCGCGCCGUCUGCCAGCUCCUGGUGGAUGCGGGAGCCUCUCUGAGAAAGACAGACUCCAAGGGUAAGACCCCUCGUGACAGGGCUCAGCAAGCUGGUGAUCCAGAUCUGGCCUCCUACCUGGAGAGUCGACAAAACUAUCAAAUGGUUUCCCACGAGGAUCUAGAGACAGCAGUCUGAUGUCUGAACAUGUCCGAGAGGAUCCCUGGAAAUCUCGAGACUGCACCUGAGGCACUCGGGCAUCGGGUGAGGAAGAAACUGAUGGAACCCACGUGUCUCUCACUCUCCAGGAAAAUACCUGAGGACAUGCCACCAGUUUCUAAGGGCUACUGAGCGUUACCACGGAACAGUUAUGUUCCAUAAGUUAGCCCAUGAUGGAUGAGGUGGGACACUCAAAGGUCUGUGGAAUCCAUAGGCCACGAAAAUUUACCUUUAUUGCUUCCAGCAAGUAGCAUGAACUUCUCCCAUGUUCAUCUGUAUAAUUUAUUAAAAAAAAGAAAAAAAGGAAAGAGUAAAGAGGGUGUGGGGGAACAAAAUCUAAACUAACUGGUACAUUGAGCCACCCAACCAGGCUCUCCUCCAUCCUUACAGUUUCCUGAAUUGCUUUUAUUCUCCUGUUCCCCUCACUUCUCAUCAGUUAAAUAUUACCUGUUAUCUCUGUGUUGUCUUCACAAAUGGUCAGGCAGUAGCAAAAUGUUUGAGGAGCUCUGGAUGUCCUUAAGAAAUAUCCAGUGUUUUUACCGGCUACAUUCCCUCCCCUGCCAUCCUCCUGGAAGCUGCAUUGUCAGUAGCCAGCCCCCUCGGAGUUUCCUUGCUUUUGGAGAGGAUGCUGCUUAUUGCCUUGUUUCCCAGGGUUUGGGGCACAGUCAUAUUUACAGCAGUGACAAAACCCAACCUCAUCAUUGCUGGGCAUACGGUUAUGGUAUCCUCACAAGACAGGCAUUUGUAUGGAAAGGAGUUCUAUGGGAUUUAGCAUGCUGAGUGGCAGAGCAGAAAGUCACCAGGAAGGUUUAUCAUAUCACUCUUGUGCAUGUGAUGGCUGAACCAGUUCUUCUCAGGUUUCAGGCCUGAAAGAAGUUGAUAGCUGUUCUUUACUUCUGAAAAAAUGGGUUUUCUACUGGGGAGAGAUUUGUGCAAGACUGAGAGAAUUCUGAUGGACUCAAUGACAGACCUAUUCCCCUUUGCAGCACAGCCAGAGGGAGGAAGGAGCCCUGGAACAUCAGCAGCCAGCCUGGGCUCGCUGCUGCCAACAAACAAAUGGGCACUGGCCAUUGGGAAUGGGAAAACCUUCUUUGACUGAACCUGUAAACUAUCUGAUUUUUCAAGGGAACCAAGUUUUGGGGAGUCCGUCCCUGGAGAAAGACAAGCAGCAGCUCUUUGCCUUGUUACCCACACUAGGUUUGAAGUGUAAAGCUUAGCUGCUGUAAAGGCCAGCUGUGUCUUCUGCAUUCAUCUGUUCUCUGUCUUAUAACCAUAAAAGAAGAGAAAGAAAAGAAAUACACAGGCAUAAAUAAAAUGUUUCAUCUUUGGGUUUCCAAUUGCUACAGAUAUCUCAGUUGACAAAAUAGCAGAGCUUCCACUUCUACUUUGUCAGACCAGUGCCCAUGAAGACGCUCAUGGCUGACUUUUGACAUAACUCUUGCAAUACAUUUUUGAAUUUUGCUUUGGAAAGAUCCACCAGUGUUUGUUUCCACAUCCUUUGCCAGGGGUAGCUCUCUGAUAAUGUUGAUCAUUGGGGUUACAUACAUUUGGAAACCAUGAAAAUAACUCAGGUCAUUAUCCAGAUAAGUUUUUCUUCUGUGGUAGAAGUGGAGAAAAAUCAAAUGAAUGCUUUUUCUUUUUUUUUUUUUUUUUUUUUUUUUUAAGCACGAGUGAUUGUUGUGGUAGGGAGUGGGGAGCUGAACAAUAUAUUUUAAUUUUUUUUCCUCUUUUCAAAGGUUCAUUUGAUAUGGGCAAAAUAUUUCUUUAGUAUUUCUUCCUCUGGAAGGAAACUAUAUAUAUUUGUAAUCUAUAGAUCAAUGGCAACAUGAAAUGUAUUUUGUCUUAUUUUCUGUCUUUACCUUUCUCAUUUGAAAAAUAAAGAAUGAAAGCCAAAUUACUUCCCUUGAUAAUUAUCCAGGGGCUUGUGGAGAAAAUAAGUGUGUGUAUAUAUUAGAACAGAAUUUGGCAACUGUUAAAAUAAAAACUCAGAAUAUAGUUUUGGUGUAUGUGAUAUUUCCACAAGGAAAAAUCCUCACACUGUGGUUUCAUGAUAGGCCUUGCAUCAUUUCCCAGCUGUGAGAAAAGACAUUACUGUAAUAUUUCUAUACAUUUGAUGAAAACAACAAUUAUGUUAUCAUCACUUUAAUCUUUUGGUUUGCUUUACUGAUCUGAGAAAUGGAGGAGGUUUCAAUAGCACGGGAGCUUGGCUCUGUCCUUUGCUGAGGCCAACCUGAGUAUGAUCACUGAGCCUGUGAGAGCUCCCUCAUCCUAUAGUCCCAUGAAGCAGCUUGCUUUCAUCACAGGUAGCCUCCAGAGGCCAGAUGUGGAUUAUGAUAAAGGAGCUGCUUCUGGUCCCUCUGUCCCCAGUUGUCCUCCCCUUGCCAGUUCAUCCCUGGUACCCAGGAGGUGCCUGCAGCUGUGGCUGGCUCUGGAGAAGCUUGGCAGGAUGGGCAGAUUUCCUGAGCAGUUUUGUGCCAUUUGGACCGCUCAGAGGAACUCGGAGCACGCGAGAGAGCGUGGCUUGCCUUUUUCACCAAAAGCUGGAGUGCGAUGGUACGAUCAGAGUGAGCCUGUCGUGUCUCUGGAAAGCUGCCUGUGCUGUGUGCUCAGCAGGAGACUGCUACUGUAUGAUAAAAACAGCCCCUAGCACUGGAGGCAGGGCAGGAACGGGCUGGAUGUGGUGCCUUUAACCUUGGCGGUGUCCUGAAGCGCUGCACACAUGAUGCGCUGGGUACUGGGGGUGUUUGCAGUCGCAGGUAACAGAGCACAUCUGUUCUUUGCCACAACGGCUCCUGUGUGGUAAGGAAUAUCCGAAGUUGGUUCACCGAGGGGAGUUUGGGACCAGGACUAUUCCUUUGCCUUUUCACAUGUGGUGGGAUUACCAGAAGCGGGCGGACUGCAGCAGUUAAAGGUAACUCAUAUGUAUUGAAUCUUUGGAGCACUUGGGGUCUAGAUUAGUACAGUACAACUGUGCCUGCAUUGGAAAGGGCCCAAAUUCCAGCAUGAAGCUGGGAGUCCACUUAAGUUACAUGUAAAACAUUUCCAUUUACUAAAGCAUCUGUUCAGUAGCUGUGUCUGUUAAUGUGUGCAUAUUACUAUAUACAUGUAUAUUUAUAAAUAUCAGUAUGCAUGUAUGUAGAUGGACACAUACACACACACACACUUAAAAUUGUGUCAUUUGAAUGACAAAGCCCUUAGGGGUACUCAGCUACUGAGAUUGCUGGACUGGCAAAAUGUCAUUUUCCAUUUUAAUUUGUUAUUAAAGGGAAGCUUUUACAGUAGAACUGAGGAGCUUCCAAAUUGUUCCAUUGUACUGGUUUUACUAUCUCGUUUUGAAGUUAAAUGGAGGGAAAGAAAGUAUUUAUAAUGUUGAUAAAAUAAACUUAAUUUUGUAAUUUAAUAGCAUCAGUUACUCUUAUUAUUAAAUGUUUCAAUGCUAGAGGUAUCUUUUGUGUGUUAUUCAAGGCAUGAUGAUGUAAUACUUUUUUUACUCAUUAUAGCAUAGAAUGGCAGUGGACAGGGUCACCUUGCACUAGACCAGGCUGCUCAGAGCUCCAUCUAAGCUGACCUUGGACACUUCCAGGGAUGGGUCAUCUACAACUUCUCUGGGCAUCCCUCAGUACUGUGAGAUGUGAAGCUGAGUUUUUGCUUAUAUAAAACAGCGGUUCAAGGCAAAUUUUGCCUGUUACAAACAGGUGUCAGACUCCAGUGGCCCUUUCACCAUUUCAUGUAGUGUCUUGCUUGUCUGUGUUUUAGCACUUUAAGAUGUUUGUAGGUGUUUUUACUGAAAACCAAGGUGGUUUCACUCUUGCUUUUCCCCAGUAGCAGUAGAAUAGCUCAGUCCCAACUCAUGGUGCUGUAGCCUGGAUUCAGUCUAAAUGACAUAUCCUCUGCUAUAUGAGGACUGUCAUACAACAGAACCAUAGACAAAGAAAAUAGUACAAAAUUGAUGUUUUGUUGCCAGUGCUCUUCCCAGGUGUAUUUGCUGAGCCGGUAAUGUUGUGUAAGAAUAGAUGUGGCACAUAGUUUUUCUGGUGGUGUGGCUGUGGGAGGUUUGUUUCAGUAAUAUUUCAUGGCUCUUUGGCUCAUUUUUGUCUUUGUUUUUGCUGUGGCAGUGAAACAUAUGGUAGUGAAAGUUUCUAACACAAAUUCAUCUAGAAAGGGGCUGUUUCCCUUUCAGCCAUCCCAGAUGCCUCCUGUGGGAUCUGCUUAUGUGUUGACCCUUCCAGGAUGACAAAAGUAUGCUAACAUGAUCUGUCUCUGAGGUAUGAAAUGGACAAGAUACAUUGGUAGCCUCAAGUUUUCUGAGAGUUUAAUAGUAGUCAAAAAAUGUAUGGACAUGCUGGAAAUUUGAAUGCCUUGAAAAAGCCCCAAGGAAAUUCUGUCCUUGUAGUUUAUCUACUACAAGAAAAAAGCAGUUGCCUGUGCUGAUCCAUUUGAGGUGUGUCAUUUUCCUUCUCCCACUUUUUGCUUCUUUUGCACCAAAUAUCUAUAGAAAAGUAUUUUAUUAGACUUGUUUUUAAGCUUGCUACAAGUAACAUUUUGACCUCCAUUUUACCUAUUCUUUUCCAUUAAUAAGAUAAUGUUUCCUCUUUUUAUUUUCCUCAGUGAAUCUGAGCCAAAAUGACACUGGGUUAUUAAUUUCCUAAUUAAGCUAAAGCAUCAAAUGUGAGUAUCUUUGGACAUUUCAGCAGUCCUGGAAACAGCGUAUAUUCCUGUGCCUUUCUGGAUGUAUGUGAAGCUACAGGAAACAGUAUUAGAGUGCUCACUGUGGUACUCAUCAUCUCUUUUUCCUUUCUUAACAACUAUUUUUCUUAGCAAUGGGUUGCUAAAGCCUUAAAUUCCAUGAGCUGCCUGCCAAAAUCUGUUGAUUGCAACAGCAAUUCAGUGAUGUGGAGCAAGCUACUCCAGGUGGCCACGGCAAGUGACCAUGGCUGCUUUUAGCCCAGGUUCUGCCGUGGCACUGGACUUGUCUGAGGUGCCUGCCUGAGAGCCCCUGCAGGUACCAGAGCUCAGGGGCUUCCCCUGCCCGGCUGUUUCCAGCACCACUGCCCUGGUGGUGCCCACAGAGAGUAGUGUUCUCUCAUCCCCUGCACACGUGCACUGGAGCAACACCCCCUGCCUUGGCCAAGGAAUUUCCUGGCCCACAUAUGGUGCCAUUUGUAAAAAUUCCCUCCCUCGGGCCUUGAUCACACCAGUAAAUUCAUUACAUUUGACUUCAGUGAUUAGGCAGGCUUAGAGCUGAAUAACCUUACUGUAUUCAGCCAUCAGAGUGCAUCUUGUCUCCUGCCUUAUUUAUAAGGUGCCACAUUCCAGUCUCAGCUGCAGUUUCUUGUUUCCCUGACUGAUUUAAAAAAACAACAACAAAAAAAACCCAAACCAAAAGACCAAAAACCCAAUCCAUCCUAUGCAGUACACAUGUAUCUAGUUACCCAGAGAGUGGGGAAGGCAGGCAGAUCAUUUAAAAAUCUCCUCAUUCUGAGGUGACUUCUAAAGUCUGAGCAGAAGGAAGCCUUGCAACAAAAGCAUUUGUUUCAAUAUUAACACAUCUAUAUUUCAGGAAAUAAUUUGAUGCUAAGCCCUGUUAAAACAGUCAGCUUAGAUCACCUGUGUGUCAGGGAUUUGGGGAAUCUAAGGAGGCAGAAAAUCUCUUGACAGACACAUAAAGGUAGGUGAAUGCCCAAAAGAGCAAAAAACCUGCUUUCUUCAAAAAUCUGUUUCUAUUUUGCUGCCCUCAUCUACUAGAAUCACAGCCCUGAUUUGGGAAUGCUAUUUCAGAGUUCACCAAUAUUUUAACAGCCUCAGCGUUCAUAUGCAAAGUAUAUAGAAACUGUAGCAUUUUGAAAUGAAGAAAAAAAAGCACUAUUUCUUUGAGCAAUGUAAUAUUACAUAUAUAAUUGCCUCAUCUCUUCCAGUCUCCUUUUGCUGGUGAAGUGCCACACCUGGCUCUUCAAUUAGUCCCUGUCUGGGAGGCUGCUUGACAUGUAGCCCAGCACUCAGUGAAGUGUGCACUAUGGCAAUCCAAUGCCAAAGUGCUGCUGCAAUUACCUAACUACUAGCACAUGAACCACGUGAAAUUCAUUUCUUAGUGUUGCUCUUCAUUUUAAUGAGAAAAAUGCCCUUCUGAUUCCAGCUACCUUCAAUUUCCACUCUUUUCCUCAACCUGUGGUCAAGAAAGGUAGAAAGUACUCUCUGUUCCUACACAAUCCAAAUCCUAUCUAGGAACUGUACAAAUCACUUAGGUUUGUAGGCGUGGAGAAGAAGCUCAAGAAGCUCUUGAGUCUGAUGGAGCAGACCUGGGUGAUUUCUACUUGUCUAAUUAGGCUUUAAUAAGCAGACCCACUUUUCUAGGGCUGCUUUUCCUGUGUGACAUUCACAUAAAAAAAUGAAAGAUGACAAAAUUAGAAAAGCAAAGUUAAGCUGGCCCUGGAAAUGGGGAAUUCUACAGAAUGGCUUCCACAUGCAUUGCUCUUUUCUAGAUAGGGGGUUGCAAUACUACUUCUUGAAUGACACUGUAAUGAAUAAUUAUGUAUCAUAAUUAGAUAUAUCUAGUUUUAAUAGCGAGGUGGGUGCUCACUGUGUCCAAUAUUUAUAUCACCCAGAUGCAGAGGUAUUCCUGCCCCUGCAGAAAUAACCAGACAGUCUGGAGGGGGACACCCUUCAGUUUGCAAAGCUCGAGGCUUUGUGAAGUGAGACAUGAGCCCUAAGAUGAGCAAGGACAGCCCUCCCUGCUCCUUAGCCAUGCUGGAGGCUCUCCUUCCAAAUGAAUGGAGGCAAUGCCACAUGAAAAUAAAUGUUUGCUGUAGGUCACAAAGUGAAUAGCUGUUCUUCUCCUGUCUCCUGCUUCGGCCCUUUUCCAGGACCAUUUUUAUUUCCCUUCAGAAUGGGAAUUCUGUUGGUGUGCCUGUUUACUAGAAGAUGGGUGCAGUUGUGGUUGUCAUCUGUGGUCUUGCUACUGAAGUAGCCCUUGUGUUAUUUCCCCUGCAUGGCACAGGGGAGGAGUACAGUCAUGUCAAAGCUAAGGAAAAAAGUAACCUUGCUGGCAGCUAAUGACAGGAAGGAAAUAGAACAUAAUAUUAUUUAAAUUUAAUUUUAAAUAUUCUUCAGUGCUCUUUGCUUUUCCUUCUUUUCCCCUCCCUUUUAGAGUUUCUGAAGUCUUUAAUCUUUCAUCACCUCUUAUUGCCUUAGUUGAUUCUACCUUCAUUUUUGACUGGAAAGGUCAAGAUUCUGCUCAUGUGCUUACCCUUGGGACACUUCUGCUUGACCAGUCACAGAUGGUUGGAUCUCCUCUGACCAUGUACAGACAUGGGUAGGGAAUGCUGAAAUUCUCUGUACUAGGAAUGAGCUGGAUGUGCAGUACUAAAGGCUCCUCUGAGGGCAGUAAUGCCCAAGUUGUAAUCUAAGGAUUAAACAGAUGGGAAGUAGGAUGGACUUGGGUUUUUCAUACCUGAGGGCUCGAUUUCAGCCUUUCCAGACUUAGUUUUAAUAUCAAUAGAAAAAUUCUUAUGCCUAUAUUUUUUUUUGUCUACUCUCAUGUUUCUUCCCUUUGUGAUUUUCCUGUUAAAAAAAUCUUUGCCUGUGCAAAUGUAAUUUUGUUGCUCUGUGCUUAUGCUUGCAAGAAGAGGCAGCUGCUUCCAACUGGCAAGCGAGCGUGCUGGUUUCUCAUGCAAAAUGGCUGGCUUUGCUACUGUACAGUUUUCUGCUCAGCAUGUACUCACAGAAAUCACAGGGAGAUGGCAGGGGCUUAUCAGGAUUUUUUGUUCCAUUUACAUGUCACUGCAGAGUGAUUCUCUUCCAUCUACCUCCUUUGAUCACGCAACAGCUUUGGGAGGAAAGAAAAGAAGUGGCUGAGCCUUCAAAGCACCAAGCAGCUCUAGGGAGCUUUGUCUCUCCCCUAGCUUGCUGCUGCACCUCACAGGGCUGGGAGGGGGAAAGCAGGGGAUGCUUUAUGUGCAGAAAGAUCAACCUCACACCUCACUGGCAAAAGUAACAACUCUUUGAGGAGACCUGUUCUGAAACCCUACCACUGCCAGGUAAAAUACAUAUGGACAUCAGCAAGCCUGUAGGGGCUGACUUCCUUUCCUAAGGGCUCUUCCAAGCACAUUUUGAUUCUCUUCCUGGUGCCUCAGGACAGGGAUUCCUGCCUGUGUCUUCCCAGAGCAAUCAUGCUGAGGAUGCCCUUUGUAAUGGGUACAUGUGCCCUGUGUCCUGUAACUCCAUUGGAAAACAAAAUAAUCAAGAGUUAAAAUCCCUUUCAAAAUGGACUUAGGAACUUGGCCACAGACCCACCAGGGUGCAGUGACUGGGGAGGGGAAUAUGGAAUGGAAUAUGACUGCCAACAUUUCUCUGUAUGAAAUCUCCUCAAGGUGAAAUGCGCUUUCACAGUGGGAAAUGAAGGUUAUUUUUCUCCUGCCCAUAUUAUUUUCUGCUGCAAGCCCUGUGCCAGUCAUUUUGGACGCAGACAGCUUUUUGGAAGCAGGAGGCUUUUGAAAGAUUUUUGAAAGUCUAGCCAAUGAUGAAGCUGAGAACUUGUGUUCUGCAGCUCCCACACAAACCUUCUGGCAGUCCGUGGAGGUUUCAGUGUCCUCUCUGAGUCAGUGAGCAGGAUAUUUAGCUACAAGCUACAGGCCUGCCUUUGUGCCAUUGCUAUUGCUGCUUUGCACAGCUUUUAGAAUAGCUAUGGUUUUGCAGCCUUGCACUGGGAAAAAUCACAGUGGUGUGGGGGAAAACAUGCUUUUCCUGUGGACACAAACACUCCUCAGCUGCAGUUUUGUGCUAAUGAAAAUGCAAUGUAUGUAGAGUCAGAGCUCGGUUUAUGAGACUGUCACAGCUAGCUCGGUGAGGAUUUAUUUCCAGCAAGACCUGACUUGUUGUUUUGCUCCAAAACAAAGAAGAUUAUGCAAAAAAUAAUCACUUGGCUUAAUGGUAUGCUUCUGUCUUAUGAUAGUUAACAAGUUUAACUGUGUGCCACAUGGUCGUGUCACAGAAUAGGGAAAGUAUUUGCUUUCAGAGUUUAUGAGAAUUCUCUCUGGAGGUACUAGGGCAGAAGAGAUAGGGCCAAAGGUAGCAAAUCACAGGAUAGAAUUUGUAUUCCUGCUACUUCCAUUGAGUCCUUUUGGGUAAAUCAUUUAGCCUUACUGUACCUCAGUUUUCUUAUCUGUAAAAUGGGGAUAAUAUAAUUUCCCCAUACACAGCCAGGUAAGGUGUUUUGCGUUACAAGCCUGAAAUGUGCUGUAUAUUAAAUGGUUUUGAAUUUUAUGGGCUUUGGUUUUCUUGUUUCGUGGGUUUUUGUUUGUUUGGUUGGUUUUUUUGUGGUUUUGUUAUUAUUAUUUUUUUUAUUGUGACUUGUAAUGUUACUCUUCUAUAGCAUCCUGCUUCUUCUGGAGCCAUUUCUUGCUCCAGAGAGUGAGAGUAGGGUCUGUCCCAUGCUUUUUAGUUUAACUGGUUUAAAUUGAGAUAGUAAGAGGGAUGGAGAAUGAGAAUUUUCCAAUGAGCUAUUUUGCACUUUUCAUGCUUGAUUUCCAUGUUUGAACUAUCUUGUAUUAAAAGUUGUAACUCAGGUAAUAUUUCAAGUCAAUGAAAGCAUUCAGGUGGUUUAUCUCUCUUCAGGGAAGAGUAUUUUGCUGAAUUUUAGAACAGCUUUAUUCCAUCGUAUUGAGUUCAUUGAGCACAGAAUGUUUCCUUUGGGAGUGCCCAUCUCAGAAAUAACUCUUUCUGUCACCUCUCUGCUAUUAUGCUGGUAUGACAGAAUACUAUGUAAGAGUCCAGAAAUCACCACUUUGGUUUGUUGAUGUGAAAGGUUUCUGGGGAAUGGAGAGAAACAUUUGAGGGAACAGAUUCUCUGGCCUUCACAUUAACAUCUCCUCUGGCCACCUGGCAAAUGGGAGAUGAAAAUUGGUAAAGUACAAGGGCAAGGGUUAGCAAAGAUUUAGGGAGCUGGAAAUGCUUCAUGUGAAAAGGAAGGAGGUUUGGAAGGAGUCAUCAAGACCAAGAAGGAGUGGGAUGGUAAUGAACAGACUCUUGAUGGAAAGGCUGAGCUGCAUCAGGCUAUAUAUAUGUAGAUAGAUAGAUACUUUCUGGAGAUGGUGGAGAAGGGACAUUGGGCAGAUUUUGAUCUCCUCUGCACUAGCUUCACUCCUGGUGAACCAAGAUGUGAUUGAGGUCAGAACCUGGACCAUUCCAUAAUGUGUUUGGCCCCCUGAACCGAGCAGUAAAUUCAAAUAACAAAUGAGCAUUUUUAACCUACAUUUUGUGGGCAUCCAGAGUUCCAGUAUUUGUAUAUACCCUACUAUCUGAACCCACAUCUGUUCCAGGAGUUGUAAUAACAUCUCAAAGGGCUCUUUUAUGCUACCUGGCCCUGUGCAUAAUGCGCUGGAGCAUCUUGAGGCUGCCAGCUGGCAAAAGGAACCUGAGGCACGCAGCAGUACUGAGGAAUGGAAGAUAUAUGUUUAACAGUGAAUCAAGGCACAGGUAAUAAUCAGUGAGGGGGAAUACAAGAAGAAGGAGGGGCUUUUUGUAACAAAGUAAGAAAGUAUUUUCUUCCACAAUUUUAUUGCAUUUCCUAUUUAUAAAAAGUAUCUUGAUCACUGUGUUGCUAACUAAGGAGAUUUUAAACUGGGGGAAGGACGAAAUAUGUAUACAGUGAAAGAGCUGGUAACUGUUCCUUUUGGACACUUUUUCUGUAUUGUGACUUGUGUGGAAAUGUACAGAAUAAAAAAUGAAGAAGCGCA